UUCGCGCAGAAUCGUUCUGUGCAAGCGGUGUGUUAUUACUAGAAACACUUGCUCCGUUAUUGUUGCACUGCUUAUACUUGUUUUGUCAAAACGGGCUGUUUUUUUUGUGUUUUCAGUUUCGCGGAAUUACACGAAUUGAUUCAGGAGAUUUUUUCCUUGUGCGACCCUAAUUUAAGAGGCACAUUUUUGAUUUUAUAAUAAUUGGAGAUUUCAUCGUAAACUUUUAGCAAGCCUAAUAUAUAACUGUGGUUCUAACAGAAAGUGUGAAUGAUGAAGUCAAUUUAAAAGGAAUCUAAGCAUCAAAAUGUCUGUUAUUUGUCAGAAUUUUGUACAAAAUGCUUGGAAGAAAGACCUUUGUUCAAAUUGUUUCAAGUCCGUUGGAGACCACGAAAACAGCGACAAUGGAACGCAUAAUGAAAAUCUGCAGCAGGAUGAAAGCGAGAAUCUGAAUGAAAGAUAUGUCUCUCAGUCGGCAAAUAUAUAUACAUCUCGUAAUACUACUACACCACAUACCACAUGGAAGUCACUAAUAUCUGAAAGAAACAGUAAAAAUUCUCAACCUUUUAAGCUUGAAACUGGUUUUCAAGGGCGUCUUCUGACAAUCAACAAAGCUUCGAACGGAACUGAAAAGAAAAAUACUCAUGAAUCGAAAAUAAGCAACGGGCAUGUGCCUCAUUCUGUCGAUGACUCUUCCCAAAAGCAAGUAAAUGGUCACCUAAAGAAAAUAUCAGGCUCCCAAUCUGAAAGCACAUUAAAUGUACAAAAAGGCUGCAAAUAUCAAAAUGGAAUUCAUCUGAGCAAUGGUAAUGCUGAAAGGAAUGACUAUAAAGUGAGCAAUAAAAAUGAAGAAAAAAUAGAAAUGACAGAAAAUAAAAGCAGUAAAGGCCUGGUGAGUCGAUAUACAUCGGAAAUUGAAAAUGCGAGUAAAGAAAAUAUUUCAAAUCAGAAACAAACUCAGUCUAAAUUUACGAAAAGUAAAAGCGAAGAUGUACCUCAGGAGUUUAACCACUCUUUGCAUAGUAUACUGAAAAAAAGUAUUUCUUCGCCGGAUGAUAGCAGUGUCCAAAGCCGUCGCAGCAGCAAUGUGGGCUUUAAUGAAGAACCACUGGUGAUAGGUUAUGGAGGUAGAGAUUUUAGCCCAGAAGAAUUAGAAUGGGAAAUGGCUUCCUCAGAUGGAGAAACCGAAAAUGCAUUAGAUAGUUUGGAUGAAACGGAAGAUGACCGCGCCUUUUCGAAAAUGACCCAAAAAAAUACAGAAUUCAAUUCUGAUAACGCCAACCUUCUGCAAAAAGAAAAUCCCUGUAUUGAUAAAAGUAGUAAAGAAGUGAAACGGACUGAAAAAAUCUCCAACAAAUCAAUAACCAAAAAAUUAAACUGCAGUAGCAAAAUAAGUGAUGACUCCACGACUAAUAAAUCAAAUGGUCAAACUACAUCUAAAUCCUAUAAAGAACAGGAAUGUAAAACUACGAGUCACGAAAUGCCGAGUACUAAAGUCCUCAUAAAUGAAGAACCAUUAAGUUCCUCGUUUAAUAAGAUUGAAAUUUGCCUUAAGAAAAAUGAAGAAAACAUCGAUGAAAACAAAAAGAAAAACUAUACCAAUGAGGCAGAGAGCUCUGUGGAAAAUAACAGUAAUCAUUUCACGGACGAAACAAACGUAAAUGCGGAAGCAAGCAAUCGAAACAUUGAACAUAUCUCAAUAAAAGACAAAAAUGGUUCAAUAAAAGUCGCAAUAAAGAGCGAUAAAACGAACCAUGCGGCACGUUCGCAAGAGGUUACAGUCGUUGGAGUUGGAGAGGCUACGAUCUCCGAAGAUGUCAAAAAUAGCACGGAGUUUAUAAAUGGAGCACUACCACCUUCUCGCGUUGUUAGUACUCCAAACAUCGAAGAGCGUGGUGAAACCAAGCAGCCGGACGAUCCGGUAAUGUUUUCUGAUGGCGGGGAAAGUGCCUGGCAGCAAGAAAAUAAAAGAAGAAAUGCAGAGUGGGAAGGUAAUGAAUCGGCAAUGCAAAUAUUGCAAGCAAUCAAUACCUCAUUAACAAAUCGCCAUAAAAUGAGAGAAAGUGAAUCAGAUUCUGAAAUUUCAACCUCACUAGACGGGAAAACACAGAAUGAAUCAUCAGAAAAUCCUGAUACGAAUCACGAAGCGCCAGUAAAUAUCGAUGCAGUGAAAAAUGUAAUCAGUACGACAGAAAUCAUUUCUGCUGAAACAGAUAGUUUAACUGAAGAACCUGAAAGCAUUACAGUGAAUGUUGAACCUCGAACUUCCUUUCUGCAUGGUAUUGUUUCAAAUGAUAAUGCUUCCAAACCAAGUGCAAUUUAUGGACCCGCUUCAGAUUUAUUUGUGUCUAGAAGUAAUUCAUCAUCUUCAUCAUCCUCAGACGAGCUGAGUAAAAGCGAAUCAUCUCGUUCGAUAAAUACUAUUGUAAACAAUGAUGACAACUCGGAGCAAUGCAAACAAAAUCAAAUUUUGGAAGAAAAGCAGAAUGAAAAGCUUGAAACUAAAAUUGAAAAAACAUCUAAAACGGAAAAAGGUAUCAAAUCUUUCGUAGUGAAUAAAAUGAAACCUAAAAUACCCGCAAAACCUUCUAAACAACGCCCUUGUUCUCAAACUUAUGCUGUGACUAAUUCACAAGAAAAUAUUGCAACACACGACACACAAGCUUUUGUAAAAAGUAGUCCUCAAAGUGUUGAAUACUUUUCAUCUACGAGUUUUUCUACACUUCCAGAUGAUUCUUCGAGAUCAAUAAUUUUAGUAGAUCACUAUGCGGAAAGUAACAUAUAUAAUGAAGUGAACAAUAAAGAAUCAAAAGUUCAAGAUGGUGAAUACAGUGGAAAGUCUAGCCCUGGGCGAGAAUCUAAAUUGGCAGCAUUGGCUAUGGAACUUGAACAGGUUCGGCAUACCAACGGUAAAAGACAAGCCCCUGCACCACCUAAAAUUCCUGAUCCCCCAUUAGAAGAUCCACCAAGCUGUACAGGAAGAACAUCUCCAACUUCCUCGGAUAUUCCACACAGUUUUUCGACUUUCAGAGGAGAAACUGCUGCAUUUUCUUCAGCAUCAUCUACUACUUCAACAUCAUCUCAAGAUACUGAGACUGGAUAUGCAUCAUGGAAUUUACAUGGUGACAGUGAUGGCCAAUCUAAAUAUUCGAAGUCAAAAGGUUCUUUCCUUCUCACACAAUAUUCGAAAUGCAAAAUGAUCGCUAUGGGUUAUGCUGAAGAUGGUGUCAGAGCAAGAAAAAAAUUUUCUCUGAAAAAACUGCUCAAAAAGGGAAAAGAUUCUGAAUCUAAAGGGACUUUCGAUCCUACUGGCAAAGCAUGGAAGUACAAUGAUCAUUUCGAAAGACCACGAGCCAAAUUGGAGAUAAUCCAUCCGAUGGACCUAGAGAAUAAAUCUGUAACAGUAAAUCCAGGAUUUGAUUCUACGAAUACAAGUUCCGUGUCAUCUUUUACAGCAAGUGCCGAUGACUUGUCUCUAAGAAAUAGCGUAUCCAGUGAUUAUGGAAGUUACUAUUCUGAUACUAUGUCCCCAGCACAAGAUUUGAAACCGGAGGCCAAUUAUGAAUAUAUCCAGCCACAGAUACAACCAACAGAAGAUUCGGAGGGAUCAGAAGGUAUGAAAGCACCUAGCAGUACAACUUCUCCAACACCUUCUCGCUCUUCACUGGCAUCGCAAGCUAGCACUCUUACUUCUGGAAGCUCAAAGAAUGGUGCAGUGCCACCUCAUAGGCCACCAAAACCUCCACCUCCGCCUAGAGCACAUUCCCUUCUGCCCGGCAAUAAAACUCUCAGAAAUCCUGAUGGAACGUUCAAGUUCCCAGUCUCAACCGAAGAAAGCAUAAAUACAGAUAACGCUGUUACUUUGCCAUCGAAACCACAAGCGCCAAAGAGGCAAUGUAAAUCUGCACUUCUGAGAUCUGAUUAUGCCAAUUAUGAUGAGGGCAGAAAUGUGUCCAGUUUGUCUGAUAGCGUCACAAAAUCAGAAGAUGAUGCUUCAUCAAAAACAGAAACAAAUAACAAUGAAGAAGCAAAUAUGUAUGAAGCAAUAUCUAAUAGUCAAGAAACUUACUCAGAAAACCAUUAUCAAGAUAUUAUAGUCAUAACAGAAGUAAAUAUAAAAUCAGCAACUGGAGAUGACAUUUCAAGUUCUUCUUUACAGAUGUCUGUGGAUAAUGCCAGAGUAUCAGAUUUGUCACUCACUGUUGUGGAAGAAGUCUCUGCUAAUCAAAAAGUGGAUACACCAAAUUUGGAACAUGAUGGGCAGUUAACAGAGUCACAGACUAAAACCUCUGUUUCAAGUCAAGAAGAUGAGUCAGUCAAAGUAUCUAAACCCCUGCUUUCUCGAAAUAAACACUCCCCACUUACCAAAGCUCCUGCACGACCGCCACCCAUUUACACAAAACCUCAAUCUUGUGGCAUUGCAAGAAACAACACUCCAUGGAAAACACUGGAAGAUAGUUACUUGGCUGUAACAGCAUUCAAUCGAGAGCUCAUAGUCAAAUUAGUGAAUCAGGCUUUGAAAAGAAGAAAACAUAUGUCAGCCGAGCUACCAAAGUCGAAAUUUCAAUGGGCUGAUUUUGAAAUUGAUACAAGUGAGCCAUCUUCCAUUUUUGCUUUUGGUGAGAAAAUUGCAUAUCAUGCAACUAUGCCUAAAUAUCCUGAAUGCAGUGUAACAUUAGUGAUUACUGUACAACAGCAACAGAAUAGAUUAAAUGAAAUCUAUGAAUCAAAAUAUCCAGUGUUCGGUCAAUUUACAGAUUACAUACCUAGUGAAUUAUUAGAUGGCUCUACUGAUAUUGAAUUGGAAUCUAUGCCUGCCACUGUUUUGGUCUUGGAUCGAUCAAACAUUUCAACAAUUGAAAGCUUCACAGAGAGUUUACCCAAUCCUCUAACAGAAGAAAAUGAAAAGGAGUUAUGUUUCAUAAUAUUACAAUUGAUACAAUUCCUAAAAUCUUUACAAGCUCAAGGUAUUGAAUCAAUGGAUUCUAGUUUUCAAAAUCUAAUUCUGUCAAAAACCAAACAGGACAAGUUCAAUACAUUGGUAUUCAUAUCUGAUAACUGCUAUGAUGAAAAUGACUAUGCAUCUGAUUCUUGUAAAAUAUCACUGUGCCAGUAUGCUUUAAUGUUAAUAUUUCAGAUGCUGUCAAUUCAAACAAGUGAAGAUUUUGCAUCUUCAUCAGCAACAAAAUUCUCAUCAAGCAUGGCUAAAAAAGUUUUCGAAACUGCAAUUUCACUUUUAGUAGAGGAAAAAGCUGUUUCACUUUCACAAACAAAAACUUUAUUUGAAUGCUUUUUGUGGGAUGCUACAAAAGUUCUUGAAGCAUUUUCUAAUUCAGAUGAUACUGAUAACAUAUUACAUAGAUGGCUGGAUAUUGAAAGAGCAAAUUUCAUCAAAAAUCUAAUUGAUGAAAAAGCAUGUGAUAUUAAUAUACAGAGUGAAUACUUCUCCCAGUUUUUAAUAAGGACAAGUGUACGAAAUAUUAAAGAUGCAAUUUCAUAUUUAUAAGAUUUGUCAUAAUUUUAAUGCUUUAAAAAAUCGAACAUUUUAGCUAAAAAUUAACAAUUAAAAUAAUUUUAAUACAUACAAGAUAAGAACAUUUUGCAUUUGGUGGAAAUAAGUUACCUUGUCAUUGUCUUUUGUAAAUAGUUUACUGUAAUUUAAGCAAUAACACGAAAUUCUGUGUAGAAUUAGAUAAGAGUUCCUCUUGCCUAGAACUUCAGAUUUUAGCAAAUUAACCCACAGAACUUUUAUUUAAAACUAUUUUUAUUAACAGAUUUACAAAUUACUUAUGAGUAUUUUUUAAUUAAAAUGCUCUUUCAGAUUGCACAUAAAAAUUACAACUGAGCACAAAUUAGUUUUGAAAAUCAUAUGCAUAAUGUGCACAGAAAUAUUCCUUCACAACAUGAAAUAUUUUGUAUACUUGUUAAAUUUAAUUGUAAAUCUAUGUAGAUGUAUUCUGAUUUUUGAAAUUAAUUUUUUUAAUUAUGAAAUUACCAGAAUUUUUCCUUGUGAAAACAGAUGUUUUUAGAUAUGAAAAUUCUGUGAAUUCAUAUUUUGUAUAUAAGAAUGGUGUGAGCUUGUAUAUAAACUGUCUUGAAAUGGCAAAUUUUUAAAAUAUUUUUUUAGUUAAUAAAAUUUUUUGCAAUUGUUU